AUGGGAAGGAACAAAAACGAGCAAAGGACAAAGGACGACAAUUAUGAGAAAAUAAAAGGGUUCGUUCGUAAUAGUAAUUUUUGUUUUGAAUUAAUUUGUUUGACGAAAAAAUUCAUUUCGUUCCCUAAACAAUCACAUAACCUUUCAAUUGUACUACGACUAUUAGCUCUAUUUGUACCUUUAAACGAUGGUUUUAAUUUUGAUACAAGGGGCUUGGAAUGGGUGUUUAGGAAUGUGUCUGCCGUUAAAGAUGGUAAAUCUAAAUCUUCCUUGGUGGCUAAAGUAAAAAAUCUUCGUAAAAGGAAUAAAGAUGGUAGUACUGAUUUGAAUAGAAGAAGUAGUUUAAUUGAAAAAAAUCAUGAUGAAUCUUUAAUUACAAAAGAUAAAGCUGAUAGUGAUUAUGCUAAAAGUAUUAAUAGUAAUCAUCGUCAAAGUGUUAUAAGCAUUAAUGGUAAUCGUCUUAGUGGUGUAGAAUAUGAUAAUUUAGUUAAAGGUUUAAAAGAUGAAUUGGAUAAAGUUAGUAGCGAAAAAGAAUCUGUAAAACAACAAGCUGAAAAAGCUAAAGAAGAACUUGAUCGUCGUGAUAGUGAUAUUAAAAGUUUAAAGGAUGAACUUGAAAAAUUACAACAAAAAGAUUCUACUCCUUCAACUCCCGAUCGUCAAUCACAUGACAUCUCUUUGGCCGUAGAUAAUGCUCUUCAACAAGAACUUGAUCGUUUAAAAUUUGAAUUACAACAAAAAGAUACUGUUAUUAAACAAUUAAAUUCUAAAUUGGCUGAUACAAAUGAUAUUAAUCUUAAAGUUUCAAAAGCUCAACUUGAAAUUGAAGAAAAAGAUCAAUUAAUCAAAAAAUUAAAUUCCGAAUUACAAGCUCGUGAUGAUGUAGUUCAAAAAAUUACUUCUGAACUUAAUUCUAACAAACAAGAAAUUGAAAAAAUAAAGAAAGAUGCUCUAGAAAAAUCUCAACAAACUGCAAAAUCGGUUAAUUCGGAAUUCGAAAAUACCAAAGUCGCUCUUGAAGUAAAUAAACAUGAAAUCGCUAAUCUAAAGGCUGAACUUGAUCAACGUAAUACUACCAUUCAACAAUUAAAUUCUGAUUUAUCAACUCGUGCAAAAACUAUACAAACUACUGUUUCUGAUUUAGAAAAAGCUCAAUCUGAUCUUAAAAUUAGUAAUGAAAAUGUUACAAAAUUAAAAUCUGAUCUUGAACUUCUCACCUCGGAUCUUGAAGCUAUUAAAAAUCGUUCCAACAAAAAAGUUGAUCUUUCUGAAUUAGAAAAAUGUCAGAAUGAUCUUAAUUCUUGUCAAAAUGAAAUUACUAAAUUAAAUGCCGAAAUCGAAGAAGCUCAACAUUCUUUAACUUUAAAAAAUGAAGAUAUUACUAUUUUAUCUAAUGAAUUAGAUAAAUCUCGUGUUUCAUUACAAUCAAGUAAUGAUCAAGUUAUUAAAUUGAAUUCUCAAUUUAAAGAUGCUCAAAAUUCUCUAACAUCAAAAAUUGAUGAAAUUUCUCGUUUAAAAUCCGAUAUUCAAGAAAGAGAUCAAAUCAUUCAAGAGUUAAGAGAUAAUUUGACUUCUACUAAACAAGAUUCUGAUUCUAAAAUUAUCGCUGAAAGAGAUUCGUUGAAAAAAGAAUUACAAAAAGUAAAAUCAGAAUUCCAAAGUAGAACAAACGAACUUCAACAAGUUAAUGUCGCUCUUCAAAAUGUUAGCACUGAAAAUCAAAUCGUUAUUGAACAACGUAAUCAAGUUAGAGUUCAACUUGAAUCCGUUCAAAGUGAUCUUGAAAAAAAUACUUCUGAUUUACAAGAAGUGAAGAAUCAACUUCAUGAACGUGAUCAAAAAAUUAUUCAACAAUCCAAUUUAAUUCAAUCUAUGGUACCAAAAGAUAGAUUUGAUUUUAUAAAUAAUGCUUAUAAUGAAAUUAAAUCGGAACUUGAAUCAAAACGUAGUUCAAUCGCUGAACUUGAAUCAAAACGUAGUUUACUCGCUGAAUUUGAAUCAAAACGAAACUUACUCGCUGAAUUUGAAUCAAAACGUAACUUACUCGCUGAAUUUGAAUCAAAACGUAACUUACUCGCUGAUAUUUCAUCCGUUGAAGAACUUCGUGCUCAACUUUCAAACGUAAAAGCAGAAAUGAAAGCUAAUGAAUGGGAAAAGAAACGUAAUGAAUCUACGAUCUCGGAAUUAAGAAGUAAAAUUGAAAAUUUAGUUGCAAAAGAAAAAGAAGAUGCCAAAAGCCGUCAACAACUUGAGCAAAAAGCACGCUAUAUUGAAAAAAUAAUGAGAGAAAAUGAUAAAUUAAUAAAAGAAAAUGAUCAACUACGAGCUGAAAACCUCUCACUAUCAGAAUCUGAACAAAGAGCACGUGAAUGUUCAGAAUCAUUGAUCAAAAAACAACAAGCAUCACAAACCAUAAACGUAAAACCUACUGAACCAACUUCAACAAAUAAUUCUAAUGGAUUAAUACAUGAACGAAGCAUUGAACCAUCUCCUUCAAAACUUGCAACGAUUCUUGAAACUCCAUCUUUAAAACGUUCAAUUGAACCAUCGGAUACUAAUGGCGUUCCAACCAUACCGCAAGCAAACAUUCAAGAACAGAAAAAUUCCGUUCCUGAAAUUACCGGAAUGAAUAAAAAUGGUGUAAUUCCACGACCAAAGAAGGAUGACGGAAAUGAAGGUUGGAUUACUGUUCAAAAGCGAAGAAGUAUGAGACAAAGGAACAGCAUGGUAAUAGCAUAA